AUAUUGAAUCUUCAGCAGUGGCGCUCAAACUCUCUCUGGUCCCUCACUGAGAGCAUCUGAACCAACAACAGCAGCGCGCACCAGCUUCAUACAAUUAACCAGCACUUCUGGGGUGCCUGGCCCUACACUGAAGACAUGUCAGCAAAGGACGGAUCUAUGAUACACCGUUGAGGAUCAGGAGUCAUGGAGUCUCUCUUCGGGGGCCAGUUGGGCUUGCUGGGGGGUAAUGAGGGUCUGAAAGAAGAUGGCUGUGGGGUGGGCUGGUCGAAUUCUCCCUUGUCAGAAGACAUGUACUCUGCCUCCCAUUUUGCCCUCAUCAGCGCCUACCAGGACAUUAAGACUCGACUGGCCGGCCUUGAGCGAGAAAAUGCAGACAUCAAAAGAAAACUCAAGAUUUAUGAGAUAAAGUUUCCCAUGAUAAGCGAGUUUGGAGAUGACAGAAACUCCUACUGCUCCUUUGAGCCCAAAGACACAGUGCUGCUCCAGUCAGAGAAUGGCAGUCUGCAACAGAGAGUCAACAUGCUGACCCUCGAGCUUCAGAAGAGCAAAGAGCGAGAGGAGCAGCUUGAAGAUGUCAUUCAGGCCUAUGAGAAAAUCCACAUGGAGAAGUCCAGCCUUCAGCGAGACCUAGACAAGAUGGCGUCUCUGGUGGAGAAACAUGUUGAGCGGAUUCACAGUUUAGAGGCUGCUCUGAGGCAGAGGGAGAGCUCACUACACAAACUCAACACACAGCUGCACAACAAAGACAUGCAGUACCUGCAACUACACAGCCCUGACUCACAUAUGCUAGAUUGCCCCAUGACCCUACAGAGCUCCCGAAGUCUGGACACCCUCUCUGACCUCAAACUGCAGCGUCUGGAGGCGGAGCUAGAGGGUGCACGGCACGAGGCUCAGGUGGCAUGUCAGAGGGAGGAGGAGCUAAAAGCUGAAUGUGAGAGGUUAAGGGAAGAGCUGAGAGAACUGCAAAGCAACCAGAGGCAGAGGGAGGUGAGUUCCACAUGUGGACAGUGUGAUGUGGAGUGGAUAAAGAAAGUUGGAGAUGAACAAGUAAAUCUGGCUUUGGCCUAUACUGAACUAACAGAGGAGUUGGGCAAGUUGCAGGCUCUGACCUCGAAACAGACAGAGAUAUUGCGGAAAGUCUCACAGGAGCCGGCAAGCCCAGUUCAGCGCCACUCUCCUGUCCCUCACCAGAGGCAUUCUCCUGUUCCACAGCGACAUUCCCCAAUCCAACAGCGGCAUUCCCCCAUUCAACAGCGUCAUUCUCCUAUUCCCCAGCGACGCUCCCCUGUUCUGCAGCGUCUCUCUCCGGACAUGCACCGUCGCUCACCUCUGCCUGAGCUCAGCAACGGCCCCGCAUCCUAUUCCUGCAGGCCCACUUCCCACCACUUGAGGGCCAGUUUCCAGGGAAGACGCAGUUACUCUGAAGUAGCCGAUCCGUCGGCUUAUCAACGGCCCCCGCGGUUCACUCUGGACCCGGUGUCCACUUUGCCGAAACCUCGACCAUAUGUCGACAGCUACCACAAGCAGCAGCAGCAGCAGCAACAACAACAGCAACAUGGAGGAAGCCAGCACAUGUUAGUUCAAAGACAGAGCUCUCAGUCCGGGGUUGGAGGUGAUGGGGGAUUGGCUGAAUCUCCUCGGCUGACCAGGGAGCUGUCUUUCCACCACUCGGAUGUGUCCCACUUGCAUUUUGAGCCUCAGCACAGCCCAGCACCUCUGCAUCCAUCUCCACAGCCUCCACAGUCCUCAGAGGAUGAGGAGGAAUGGUCCUGCCCUCAUCCCAUCAGUCCUCCACGAACACUGGGGGUGUCGAGCCCCUCAUCAAUCUCCAGAGGCCCCGCCUCUUGUUCUGCUUUCCCCAUUCCUUCCCGUCCCAACACCCUAAGCUGUCACCCACCUGGAUACCUGCAUGCAGAGCACGCCCAGUCUUGGCCAUCCAUCAAUCUGUGGAUGGAGACGGAGGAGGAGGGUGACGUCAGGAGCUGCCCGCUGUGCCAGCUAAUCUUCCCUGUUGGUUACCCUGAUGAUGCCUUGAUCAAGCACAUUGACUCGCACCUGGAGAACAGCAAGAUCUGACACCCACAGCCACGCCAUGACCUUCUGUUGUUCCACAGUUACAUUCACUCUCUGAUCCCGGUAUUUUUAGCUGGGUGCCUUCAGACAGAAUGUAGGCGAUGCACCUGUGGCCAUUCUCACAAUUUGGCUCAUAUAUCUAUAUAUCUUGCUGCUUUUCAACACAAAAUUCUUGAAAAAUUGUAACUUUCUUUUUUAAACACUGUUUAUCAGCAAUUACACGCACGAAACCAAACUGACUGAGCAUACUGCAUAUGAAGGCUCUCAUUUCAGCUUUUAACUACAGUUCCCAUGAUUAUUUGCAUUAUUUACACUUCAAUGUGGUCAUAUUAGACAUAUGGACAAUGGUUGCAUUAUUUGAAUUUCAGCACUUUAUAUAAGCACUUAAUAUCCAGUUUACCUUUAUCAAUAUUACUAACACUGAGGCUAAAAAGUAAAACCUUAUAGAUAUAAUUUAUUUUUAAUACUCCAGGGUCUUACCCUUAAACAUAUCUUAGUUUGGCAGGACUUCCUUUUAACACACCUGGAUUAUUUGUAAUUAUCUGUAAAUUCACAAUCACAUCUAUUUUGUUUGUCUUCCGGGGCGUUUGGCUGUACAAAAAGGGACGAAUUUUUCUUAAAAUAUUCUUAAAGAAUUUCCUCUCAUAAUAUACAUAAUGAUUGCAGCUCUGUGCACACCGUUUUAGCCAACCACUGACAAAACACCAGUUACUGUUGUUUCUCAAGACUUGAUUUCCAUAGUACACUUAGACAGUGGAUGGUUUUGAUCAUUUUUGAUGUAAUUACUUAAGAAAAAUUGCUUUAACAAAAUAUAUUUGUUCUUCUGAUCACACCACAGAGCGCAAUCUGUUUUAUCAGUUCAAACUUUUUUUAAUGUACUGUAAAUGUAUACCUGUAUUUAAAGCCAAUUAUAUGUAUUAACCUGUAAAUUCAGCUAUAUAAUAUAGAUGUGCAUUUUUCAAGCUUGGAUAAGAGCAAAUGGAUUGCUGAAGAUUAAAAGAAAACUACUGGAACUGCUAAUUCAAGUUUUGUAUUGCUGUGAUCUAAAUGAUCACAGCACCCAGUUGAGUGUUUAAUUAGCUAAGUGUUUAAUCAUAUUACUAUUCCCUAUUAUUCCAGGUGUACCUUAUAUUAUAUGUUAAAGUCUUCUUUCUAGGUAUUUUCCCUGAUUCUGCAGACUUUGUGAAAAUGAGGGCACUGGAUCUGCUACUAACCCAAAUACAGAGGAGCUAAAAUAGGAAAGUAGUGUGUCCAAAAUAAGAAGCUGUCUAUCAAAUAACUGGUUGGAGGUUUCAUUCAAUUGGCCAUCUAAUUUUAUGUGGCAAUUGCUAAUAUUCUGGAAAAAUGCCAUUCCAGAUGUUGU